AUGUCCGUGUGGGUGGGCAGUGGCGGCGGCGACGUUCGAGCGCCGCCCGUUGCCACUGUCCUUUCAGCAAACACCUCCAUGGAGUCCGGGAUCGAGGCCGGGGUGCUCCCGACUGUCACGGGAUCGCUCGCAUCGGCGCGAGAUUCCUUGGGAUCGCUCUCUAGAGCGGCGGAACCCCUCUAUGAUACAGACCAUACAGAUCUCGGUUCGGAGUUGGACGAGGCGGAAAUUCGAAGAGAGUUGAUGCACGAUAAAUGGCGUCUCCUGUUUGAUAGGUUCGAUCCCGAAGGCUUUGGCGAGAUUCCAUGGCCAGACUUCCUACAGACUCUUCAUCAUCCAGAUUUUAUAGCGCAGGUGCCGCCCCACAAACGUGAGAUACUUUUGGAUAAAGCUCACAGUGCGAAAAGUCCAGCUAUUACAUUUCAAGAAUUUGUUAAUGUGACGUAUAUCCUGUACGCCGGUGCUGAAAGCUCGUGCGGCUCAUCAAAUCGUUUACAGGCGCGAUGGAAAGAUAAGACAAGGGCUACACCAGACGCAUCCAGGACUAAAUAUUUACAGUGCGACUGCGAGGAAACA